GGUAGUUUCAAUUCGGUGUUCACUUUCGCUUGAAGCGGACUUGUUUCUGGUCGGCGGUCGGAAUCGUCGAUCUGUCGGUCGUUAAAAAAAGAACGAAAAAAAAGAAAAAAUGAAUAAGUUUACUUCAAUUAUAGCUGGUUUGGCUCUGGCCUUUCUGCUGGUCCCUUCCAUUGCGAUGGCCGCUGAAAAGUCAACAGCAGCAGAUGAUGCGCAGAAAGAUGGUGAAAUCAAAAUCUACAAACGACUCAUUCCGGCUGAUGUGCUCCGAGAUUUUCCUGGAAUGUGUUUCGCAUCGACUCGCUGUGCCACAGUGGAGCCCGGAAAGACGUGGGAAUUAACGCCAUUCUGUGGCCGUUCAACUUGCGUUCAAAACGAAGAGAAUCCCACAAAGCUGUUGGAACUUGUUGAAGACUGCGGUCCUUUGCCGUUGUCGUUGGCCAACGACAAGUGUAAGCUGGAUACCGAGAAGACCAAUAAGACAGCGCCAUUUCCCUACUGCUGUCCUAUCUUCACCUGCGAGCCUGGUGUGAAGCUGGAAUAUCCCGAGGUUGACAAGGAAGAGGAGAAGAAAAACUAAUCCGUAAAUGUUGGCCUUUUUUUUGUAAUUAUUUAUCUGUUGUGUCGGCUACCGCUUUGUUUCUACCUAGGCACGUUUUUUUCAACUGACAGAAAAUAAUAAUAAACUUUGUCAAAUCAUUUGAAUAAUAGUAAGCAUUUUUCAAA